UAUAUACAUACACAUUCAAUCCAAUAUAUAUAAAUUAAAAACAACUCUGAUGAAUUCAUCAUCAUCAUCAUCAAUUCCACAAGGUCUAACUCAAGAUGAAUACAAAAACUUGCAACCAUUAAUAAACAGAUACCACAUGUUUGACAAAAUGCCAAACACAUGCACUUCUCUCAUCACUCAACGAAUUGACGCGCCGGCCCACGUGGUUUGGCCCUUAGUCCGUACCUUCGAUAACCCACAAAGAUACAAACAUUUUAUCAAAAGCUGUAAAAUGGUCAUCGGAGACGGCGGCGUCGGGAGUGUCCGUGAAGUCACCGUGAUUUCGGGGUUGCCGGCUUCCACAAGUACGGAAAGACUGGAAUUGGUAGAUGAAGAAAAACAUAUUAUAAGUUUUAGAGUUGUGGGUGGGGAACAUAGAUUGAAUAAUUAUUUGUCAGUUACUUCUGUUAAUGAAUUUAUUAAAAAUAAUAAUGAAAAUGGUGAAAAUAAGGGGGAAGUUUAUACAAUUGUGUUGGAAUCGUACAUUGUGGAUAUACCCGCGGGGAAUACAGUUGAGGAUACCAAGAUGUUUACGGAUACUGUUGUUAAAUUGAAUCUUCAAAAGUUGGGUGUUGUUUCUAUGUCUUGUUUGCAUGGUGGCGGAGGUGGAAAUAUUGGGUGACAGUUUAAUGAUGUGCAGUGGGCGCGGCGGCGGAUAGGUAAAGACUUUUUUGCUACUACUGGCGGCGAAUAUCCGGUUGGUGAUGUGAAUGAUGAUCUUAAUUGGUUUUAGUUAGUAAAUGUUUUGUGUUUUUUUUU